AACAACCGGCCGGUCUCAUAACGCAUUUGACAUUCGGCUCGUUGUAACGGUCGUUCGCGCGUGCCCUCCUCCUCCCCUCCUCUCGUCGUCUUUUGUUCAACAGCCGUACGUUAAUUAAUCACUCAUUGGUGCAUCGUUAUCGCUCUCGGGGUGUGCUGCUUCUCCUUCAUCCGUCUUCCAGGAUCUACUCGAUCAGCGAGUACUUACCCGCCCUAGUCCCAGUGAGUAUCGGAUCGCGCGUACCUCCCCUCUCCUCUCCCAGUGUGAUUAAGCCGUCGCCGCAGUCGCCGCCGUCAGGUCCUUCCUGUCUGGAGCGCGUCGCCGUUCGUUUCCAUCCGAUCUACCAGGUCCGGACGAGUAACGCACGGGAGCAUAGCCGUCUGGAUCCCCGGCAAAGUGUAGCGGAGGUGGGCAAAACGAGCGGGAGCAAGCUCUACUCGGAUCUCAACUUCUCGGACCUCAAUUUCCGAUAAGCCUCCCCCGCGAUGGCCGGCUUUUGGGAAUGGGACUACUCCAGUCGAAACGGACCCAGCACAUGGGUGGAAAAGUUUCCCAUGGCGGCGGGCUCGCGCCAGAGUCCAGUUAACAUCGAGACGGACCGAGCCGAGUCCGAUCACGAGGCACUAAGCAGCAAACCUCUUAGAUGGAAGUAUCCGGCCACGGCAUCCCGCAAGCUCCUCAAUCCAGGGUAUUGUUGGCGAGUGGACACCGACGGCGAGGGCACCCUUCUUAGUGGAGGGCCUUUGAUGGACGAUAUCUACAAGCUCGAGCAGUAUCAUUGUCAUUGGGGAUGUAGCGAUUCUCGUGGAUCCGAGCAUACUGUCGAUGGGCAAGCGUUUGCUGGCGAGCUACAUCUCGUGCACUGGAAUACCACCAAGUACAAGACGUUCGCCGAGGCCGCUAAGGCGCCUGACGGGUUGGCGGUGCUCGGGGUCUUUCUCAAGGUGGGAAAGCCGCACGAUGAAAUGGAUAAGAUCGCUCGUUUACUUCCAUACGUCUCUCACAAGGAGGAUUGCAUCGAGAUAAACGAGCCCAUCGAUCCCAGCAAGCUACUUCCGGUUCGCGGUGGACGAGCGGGCAACAGCGGCGGCAUACAAAGGUGCGUCAAUCCGUGCAUGCGAUGGGCCGGCCGAAUCAUCCGACCGGAGAACAAGUGCGGACAAUGGCAAGACGACAACGGCUACUGGACAUACUUGGGCUCGCUGACAACGCCACCCUGUAACGAGAGCGUCACCUGGAUACUGUUCAAGCGCUACAUCGAGGUUUCUCAUCAUCAGCUGAACAUCUUUCGUAAUCUCCGCAAGUUCCCGCGUGGCGAAGAGUGUCCUUGCCACGAGAAUCACGGUGUUGUGAUUAAUAACUUCCGUCCGCCGUUGCCGCUUGGCAAUCGUGUACUUCGAGAAUGCGGCAGUUUCUAAUGAGCGACAAAGCUACAAAAAUACUGGAGAAGGUGACAUCAUGUCCCAAUUACCAUUUUACCGGCUAUCACGGGGGAAAAAGGAUC